GGGGCCCGCCCCGGACGCCGUAGUGCCGCGCCGCCUCCCGACGGCCUCUGCGGCGGCGGUUGCUGGGAGCGAGUUUGAACCGCGGCCCCCGUAGGCCGGGGCCUGGGCUCAGCCGAGGCGGACGGGGCGUCGCGGGGCUUCCUACCGGUGCUGGUCUCGCCCGCCCGCUUCGCGGCGUGCCGUGAGAUUGGUUCUCUGUUAUUCACAUCACACCCGGGAUUCCCUUUGAGAAGCAGAAAUAACAUAUAAUUUGUCUCUAAUUACAGUUAUCUUCAUAACUGUAAUUGUAAGCAGAAAAAUAAAUAAAUAAUUCAGUUUUCAGCAUCAAGUCAAUGUGAUGGGACCAAGCAAGCCAUCUUUGUCUGGUGCUCCAUUUGCAUCCGCUACCCAGCUGUACAGGAAUGAAGGAAAGACUUUACAAACCCAGCUCCAGUUUAACAGAAGUGUUCCUGCAGUUCCAGAGAACUUGGCUCUCAGAUUCUCUAACCCCUGUCCAAUUAUAAUAGAAAAACUGAAGCCAUCCAAUGAUCAGAGAAAUCUAUCUGGAAGCGACAACUCCAGCAUCAAAAACUCUGGCAAGUUUUCAAUAAUAUCUGAAGAGAGACUGAAACUGGCCAUUCAGCUAGCCAAAAGGGACAUAAAACGAAAACAUCUUGAAGAGCAAGUGAAACAGAAAGUAGCAGGAGAUGCUGUCAAUAAAUUAUUGUUGACUCGGAAGUCGCAGCAGCAGCAGAAUAAAGUAUUUGAAAGUCCAGAAAAGAAAAAUGUGCUGAAGUCUCAAAAUGAGUUGAAAUAUCAAGGGAAACUUGGUCAGCCUUCCAGUGUGGAGACUACCACUUCUGGUGCAAAAGUUUAUCUCUACACACCAAGUGAGGGAAAGCUAACACCAGCUGUUCUGGGCUCUUUACCCACUCAUAACAUGAGACCAGACCCCAAACCAAAUGUUAACAAAAAAGAAGAUAAAAGUAGGCAGGAAAUCCAACGGCUACAAAAGGAAUUGAGAAGUUGUAUCCAGAAAAUAGAAGAACUGAUUAAAAAAGAGAGAGAUGAAGAAAUUUUAGAUCGUGAUGAAGAGCAACAGGUUUGCAUUCGACAGAAACAAGCUUCACGGUCAACUCGUAUGCUGUAUGUACUCCAACAACAGGUAAAAGAAAUUCAGGAUGAUUUAGAGAAACUGAGUCCUCAUGAAAUCAAACACACUAAAAAGUCUCAAGCAGUAUCCAGAUUGGCAGCAGCACACAGAGGAGCUAUACGAGCUUUGCAGGCAUUUGCCAAUCAGUUUAAUGAUCAAACAGAGCAAAUUAUUCCUACCCACUACAAGGAAUUGGGCAGUCUCAUUCGACAGCUGUCUCUUUGUUCUGCCAAACUAGAAGUGGAUUCUUCAGUUUCUGACAUUAUCAUAGAUAUUUUGCUGCAAAUUGAGGAUCUGGAUUCAUUGCUGGAAAAGAAACAAGCAGCCAAAAAAUCAAAGAAAUGUCUUACAGCCUCUCAGCACAAAUCUGCAGUGAACACUGAGACAUCUCCAGACAGAAAGCAGCUGACAUCUCCAAAAGGAGAAAAAAAGUCUCUCAUCCUAAAGGAAAAACAUGGACAAGAACCUAGAAAAUUUCCAGCUGCAAGAGAUAAGCAUCAACGUGUUACAAAUAUUUCAGCAGUUCAGAAGGUGAACAGUCGUGCUCAUAUAUUGUACAAUAAAUUCCAAAAAGAAAAUGAUCUACCUACUCCAGAGAGAAAUGCCAUUUUAAAGGGAAGUAUAGAUUCACCGUUGAGAUCUAGAGCUGUAAAAAAGGAUCUUAUUCUUGAAAGUGGCCCUUUGAAAAAGAAAGACGUGAUAUUACCAGCAAAAUCACAGGGAAUGCUUAAACCUCUAAAACCAAGGCAGGUAAAGCCUCAAGGAAAGCAUGCCCAAUUUCAAGAGACAACUAUAGCUUUUCAGCUAAAAGAGAAUAAACGACUUGUUAAGAAGAGCAGAAUACCCUGGGUGCCUCCAAACCCUACAUCUCCACUGGCUUCACCAAAACGUGUUCCCAGGAUAUCCAGGACUACAAGUUCCAAGAAGCUCAUUCAUAAGCAUUCAGCUUUGCAGAAAGGGAAGACAGAAGAAAGAAGACUAGGGCUCAUGGAAAAAGAAGCUCUCAGGUCACAAGGUGCUUCUCCAACCCAGUAUGUAGACAAAGUUGAGAAAGCAGUACAGAAACACCUAGAACCCCUGUUGGAUAGGGCACAGCAGGUUGCAGCAAAUGCAGAUAUCCUGAGUGAGAAGGUAUUGGAUGAUCUUUUAGAAGAUACUGCUCAAGAACUCUGGAAUACGGAGCAGCAGCAGAAGCUCCAGGCUGAGGAGUUCAUGGUUGACAAUCCUAGUCUAGAGACAAUGUUGCAAAGAAUGGAAGAAAUUGAAAGAUACCAGGCAGCUGUAUGCAGGAGAUUCACCCAAAUUGUGUAUAGUGAUUCAAAGUUCUGGACCCAGGAAAUGGAUCAACAAAGUGCAUUAACAGCUAAAAUACCUACAUCUCCUCAUCCAAUUCACAUAACCAAAUUAACCCAGCACGUAGAGCCAGAAACAGACACUUUAAUUGAAAAACUUUUUGAUGACAAUGAUACUGAUGAAAACAAAGAAGCAAAGGAGAAAUUGCCGACUGGAAAUGAUAUUCUGGAUGCCUUGACUCAGAAUACUCUACAGGAGUGCUAUAUUUCUCUCCCUGUUACAAAGCAUAUGCUCCAGAGCAUCAAGGAUUAUAACAGUAGAUAUGAACAUCACCUAAAGCUCAUUUUUCAUGAGGCAGUAGGUGGCUUCAAUCCAUGGCAGAUUGCUGAGAGGUACAUGGAGAAAAUUAAAGGAUGUGGAAGCAGAAUGUCCUGGAGGGGUGAUUAUUUUUUGCAUUUUUGUAUGGUGUUACCACCAGAGCAACUGUGUAAGGUAAAUUACAUUUGGAAGUCUAAAUCGGUGGAAGUGAAAAUUGUCAAUUUUAACUUGACCUCAUUUUUCAAAAACUGGUAUUCUAUUGCUAUAGAAAACUCAGCGAAGAAUUGUCCAAACUCAGCUUUCCUCAUCCAUUUCUACAAUGAAUUCAUGAAUGAGUCUGUAGGGAGGCUUUGUAAAAGAUCUAGCUGGUGAGGAUACUCUGCAAAUGCCUUAAACAUGACAUUUUCAUUGUAUCACAGAACACAACGUGAUGUUUUAUCUAAAGAUAGAAGGAGGUAGUUGCAUUUGUCCAUUCAUUAAGUCAAUAGUAUCAACACGUAAACUGAAGGAAAACAAUCAACUUUUUCUUGUUUAAUAAGAAAGAAAUAAAGUACUAGGAAUAACUGUGUAAUCUUUAAUCUUUGUGGUGUGGGAUUAUGAAGGUAGUGUUUCAUGGUGUGGUGGUACACAUGGAACAACAAUAGAUAGUCUUAAAGAGACCAGUAGCCUUAGUGCAGAUUUCAGUGCUUCCUCUUCCACAAAUUUUGACACUUUAAUGGAGCUUACUAUGAGAAGAGUGACAUAAGUGGUUUACCAUCCCUUAGUAGAAAUAGAAGAGGUGAAGAAGAAAUAAACAAGAUUGCUGUUCAUCUCUUGGCAAAGAAAAAAUAUUUCAUAUUCAUUCAGUGUUUGUUAAGCAAACACGUCAGUGAAAGAUGGAAUACCCACCUUGCAUUCACAGUUGAAAAAGUGUUUCAAUUGUUCGAUAAGAGGUACAGCAAUUAAAUGAUAUCACUGGUUUUCAUUCCUUGCACAUUUCUUGAGUGAUCUUCUACAAAUCAUUUUAAAUUUGUUUUAAAUUUGUAUUAUUUAUUUCAGAAAUCAUCUAUUGAGGAUGGAUAGUUGAAAGACCAGCUCCUUCUUGGGACUGGCAGAUGGAUUAAAUGGGAGUGAAUCUUCCCUUCUGGCAGAUGAAUUCCACUGUUGCCUUUUGCCUGUGAUGCAUGUUACUUGAUAUCAAACUACAAAUGUGAUCUGAUAUCCAAGAUGUUUAAUUGACUUACUUUUACCACAAGAGGGCAUUAUAAAUCUUGCUGUAUAAGUAUUACAAAAUGUUUAAAAGAAAUAUGCCCAUGCUAUGCUAAAAAGGUCUUGGAUACACUAAUUUUAUGGUAUUUUAGAAUAUUUGCAGAACUCUGAAGAUACGUUUUCAAGAGACCAGCAAAUAACUGUAUUCUUACACUAAAAUAAUUUCCCUUUCUGUGACAUCAACUGUGGUCCAGAGAUCUCUGAAAGUGGAAGUUUCUCAUCUCACUUUUCCUGAAAUUCUAUUGCUCUCAGUAAGGCCUGAUUCAGUAGCAACUAAAAUCAGUAAGAAGCUUCCCAUUUACUUCAAUGGCCUUUGGAUGAGCACAGUAGUAUUUUGUCAUACUCCCGAAGCAGGAUUAGUAUCUGAUAGUUUGAAAAAGGAAGCAACAGAGAUCUGUUAACACCUCUAAGCCUGAAGUAUUUAUCCUUUGCUAUGAAGCAGACUGAGGAAAUAAUUUAGACUAUCUUAUACAACACUUAUUACUACAUAAUUUUUCUGUGGUAGCAGAAUCCCUUCCUAAGCUAAGCAGUAGAAAGAAAAAAAAAAAAGAGUAUUCUUUUAAAAUCAGAGCAUUUAUAUUUUAUAUCAAUGGAAUGAAUGACUGAAAUUUGAAAUCUGAUCUUCUGAGUCUCUUUUUUUCCUCUCCUUCUCCCUUAGUCUUGCAGAAGAACUAACAGAAGAAGCCCUAUGUGAUGUGGCAGCAGAGCUGCAGGAUGUUUGUGAGGAUUAUGCGGAAGCUGUAUUCACAUCAGAAUUUUUGCAGCCAGCACAGUAAGUGCUUUCAAGUCUGCUCCA